UGUUUUCCUGGAAAACUCGCGGCGACGGAUUGUCCGAUACUAUCCGUCGCGUGCCAGUUUGUAUUGUUUAUUAUUUCGCGAUUAUCGUGAGUCAUUCAGUCAAAAGUUGUUCUCGGCGGCGCCUUGAGUGGACGAUGGCGGUUUGCUGCAGUGUUACGUGAUCGGUUGCGGAGUGGACGCUUUGUACGAGUCGUUUUUGGGGGCCGGCCAGCCGAAGCGCGUCAUACACAGCGCCUGAAUGCGCCUUCCCGUCGCGGAGUCUCCCUUGCGAACUGCGGCGGAUAGGCUUGAUCGCUGACUCGGACUAUCGAAAGGGUCGUGACGCUCCCUGGGUUCAUACAGGGCCCUGGGUUCGGAGCGCCCGCCCCUCUUCACUUCUUCCUCUUGCAUGAGUUGAGGCCAGCCCAUUCACUAACAUGCAAACAGACGUCAGCCUAGAUGACGUAGCGGAGGUGAUAGAGCGGCACAUGGCGGCCGAGCCGACUUACCUGAGCCUGGACCAGCAGGCACGGCUGCCGGUGGCCCAACCACAGCCACAGCAGCAGCCGCACGUGGUCAUCCUCGAGCAGCCUGCAUCGCGAGCCCUGCGGUUCCGGUACCAGUGUGAGGGCCGGUACCCGGGCACGCUCGUUGGGGUCAGUAGCACCGCCGAGAACAAGACCUACCCCACCAUCAAGGUGAUGGGCAUCCAAAAGCCAGCCGUGGUCGUUGUCUCCUGUGUGACGAAGGACCAGCCGUACCGGGUACACCCUCAUAACCUCGUUGGCAAGGAGGGUUGCAAAAAUGGGAUUUGCACACAGCACCUCAAGCCAGACAUGACCUGCACCUUUACAAGCCUUGGGAUCCAGUGUGUCAAAAGGCGAGAUGUUGAACAGAACUUGGUACAACGAGAAAACAUUCGUGUUGACCCAUUUCGAAAUGGCUUUGCCCACAAGGACCAGGCAGCCAGUAUUGACCUCAACGCAGUGCGCCUCUGCUUCCAAGUGUUCCUCGAAGGCUCACAGCCGGGGAAGUUCACGGUUCCCCUUCAUCCUGUGGUCUCGGACAUCAUUUACGACCGCAAGGCUAUGUCUGACCUAACAAUCACGAAGCUUAGCCACACAUGUGCUCCCAUGUCUGGUGGCUUGGAGAUGAUCCUGCUCUGUGACAAGGUUGCGAAAGACGACAUUGAGGUGUGGUUCGAGGAGGAGCGGGACGGCCAGACGGUGUGGAAGGAGCGGGCUGAGCUGUUGCCAAACGGGGUGCAUAAGCAGGUGGCCAUCUGCUUCCGGACGCCCCGCUACCGAGACCCCAUCAUGGCCGACGUGCCCGUCGACGUGCACCUGCUCUUGCGGAGGCCCUCCGACGGUGCUCUCAGUGAGGCGCGUGCCUUCACCUUGCACCCCAACGAGCGGGAUCCCGAAGCAAUAGAACGCAAGAAACGCAAGAUUGGGGAAGGCUACUUUGACCGGUACUUUCAGGAGAGUGUUCUUCUGGGUGCAUCUGCCGCACCAGUGAUGUCCGUGCCUAGAACUAUGCGACAGGCGGUCAGAACUCAGGCCAGGCCUGAGAGCGGUCGUAGCCCUGUUCCCGAGGCCAUGGUUGCAGCAACGGCAAUGCAACAGCAGCAGCACCCCAUGAUGCAGCAGGCCGGUGCAACCACGAUGACGCAGCUCACACCCGUCAACCCACAGUACCGCGGCGAAGUGGGCGCAGUGGCACCGCCCGCCUUCGAGCCGGAGGUGGUCGAGACGGCCGAGAAGCUGGACAGCCUCGACCUUGGCAUUGACCCCAACGACAUUGCGCUGACUUCGGGCGACCUAAACAUGAACCUGAGCGACCUGGCCAGCGCCCCAAAUCUGUCGCUGGUCAACCUGUCGGCUAGCCUGUUCGACAGCGGCAACAACAUUGCGAGCGAGUCUAACCUCAUGGACGAUGGCCGGGGACUCCUCAACGACCUGGGCGGCUCCCGUGUCUUCAAGACGGAGCCGUCCUAAUGCCGGUGGUGGUCCGCUGCUUUCGUGUCUUUUUUUUUUUUUUAAGUGCCGUGAAUGCUCGUGUGUGGGUCUUAAGUGGAUGAUGUGUGAUCAGUGUACUAUUGGGCAUCUACUGCAAAUAAUGAGAGACACCAUAGUGUGCUAAGCGUCAAGUCUUAUUGAGGUCUUGAAGCCUGGUGACAUGAAUCGCUCGACACACUUUCGUAUGUAACUAUGAAGCCCGGUGGCAUGAAAUUAGUUCACUUUACGUGCUCUUAUGUGGCUGCUUGUUGCAGCUGUGGCAUGCGGCAUUGAGCAUGCUACUUUAGAAUUGGACUAGGCGGAGUGUCCUAUUCGUUGUAUUCCUGCAGCAAGUGGCGCAUCGAAGGCACCUGGGAGUAGAUGACCAAAUAAGCUCAGGCAACAAUCGUGGCAAUUGCUGAGAACUAGCAUGCUGUGGGAGGAGGUCAGUGCUUGGCAAAGGCAGUCAUUCUCUUGACACUCUUCCUUAUCCAGUGAGGCAGCUGACUUUUCCAACUACGACAUCCACCUCCUUAAUUACAUUUCCAAGUGACAAUGCAACGUUUCCAUAAUUAUCAGCUGGCCUACAAAGCAGCCCCCGUCCCCCCACUCCCUUCUACCUUUAGGCUGACAACCAUCCAGAAUGAAGCAAUGCUAGACAAUAAACACUUCGCUGCUGUGCACAUCAUCUGCUCGUGAAAGCUCUACAAAGUCAGUGGUGCGGGAAACGAGCUUGAUUGUAAAGUCUUGUGAAAUUUGUUGGUUGAAUAGCUUAAUGCAGAACACUGUCAUGUCUCUCAUUAUGUGCAGCCGGCUGAAUGCAGUGUCUGAGGUCCACAGCUUUUGCCCUUUGUCCAUCUUCGCUUGGCAUGCCCGUCUGAUUGAGGAUACCCCGGAACUUUAUAUCGCCGGCACUUCAGCAUCUCAAAACCAGAUGAGAUUCAGACAGGUUUAUCCUGUAUAUUUUGUAAGGAAGGUGAUUGAUCUUUUUUAGGUGCACCUGGAAGCCUCUUCACACAAGAGUAUGAUUCACCGACAGUUAUGUUGAGUGUUUGAUGCUCCCUGUUCCACGUGGAACCGUCGUUUAAGUUACGUACAGAACCUUUGUUGUGAACAAGAGUUCUGCACUGAACUUCCGAUAUUGUAACAUCAGUUACAAUCACCAAUGUGGUUUAACAAUUUAAAGCAAUGCUUAAUGAGAGACUAUGUAAUAAGGAGCUUCCAAUUAAUUUUGACUGCCUGGCCGUCUUUAAGCAUGUGUCUAAAGCGCAGCACACGUGUGCUAUUGCAUUCCACCCAUGCAGCCAGUGCUCAAACCCAGAACCUUGUGCGAAGCAGAAGCAUCAGGUAUACACUAUGACUGUCGGUAACCAGACCUUUUCUUUAACAUGCUUUUGCCUGACCAGACUUUGUCUUCCGUCAAACGGUUGAUCAUGCCUGGAGAUCUUGUCACACUGUAUAUUUUGCAGUUACACUCUUAUAUGGACAAACUGUGUUACAUUUAUAUUUUUGCGAUCUCUUGCACGCUGAUAAAUGUCACUCCGUCCUAUUCGUUGAGGUGAAGCGACUUUUAUAGUUUGCGUGCCCUGUGACAAGAACUUCGGCGUUCUCUCUAAUGUUGUUUUGUCCCUAGCCACAUAGCGGCACAUGUAAAUGUCCAUUUCUGCAAAAUGGAUCAUCUCCAAGCUAUUGCUUGAAGCUAAUAUAAGAGGCUGUGAUGCAACAGCGCCAUUUAUUGUGGCUUAGUGGCAUUUCAAAAACAUUUAAACUCUAUGGCUGUCUCAUCUGUUUGCAUGGAUUUGAUCAGAAGCGCACUUAUUUACAUACAACCUUUGGCCAAGUACCAUAUUUACCCGGUUCUAAUAUGCACCCAAUCUUAUAAUGAAUAAAAAGUGACAUGCCUCCAAUUCUCGCAAUUGGAAUAAACCUGCAGAGUUUUUACAGACUGAAAACUUAUUCCGACUUAAAUGAUGUUUGUCGCCGCUGACAGACAGCUCUUUAUAAUUUUGUAUGGACCGCAACAUUCCAUUCUCGAUGAGGUGCGGUGCGUUCCAUAUUCCACAUUUCCUCAAUGACUUCUCUGCGCCUCUUCAUCUCGGAUCAGGUCCCAAAUGUACGGGUUCGAAACUCAACAUGCACGCAUGUGUCUGCAUUCACUGUAGUGUAUGGUGCGAGUUGUCUUCACUUUUUGUCGCUGUAUGUUCCACUCUGUCGUGGACCUUAUGGCGACUUACUAAUUUGCUCUCUUUUCUUGCUCCCUCCUAUUUAACUUUUCUGAACCUAUGCCAUUUCUUCUUUAUUUUACAAUAUAUUAUUAUUAUUAUUAUUAUUAUGUGAAAAAGACUAUUCAUAACCAUUUAUAGUGACUAACUCUUUUACUUUUUUUUUUUAUUCAAUUUAACCUAUAACGACUCUGCAACAAUUCAGAAUGGUAUAGUGGCCCACACCCUGACCGAGCACUUUGCCAGUUCAUCCUGCAAAGCCAUGCAAAUCUCCGGGACACCAUAAACAUUUGCCCUGGCUCUUUUCAGCAUCUAAAAUAGCUUGCUUGAAUUAGCCUUCAUAUGAAAGUGGCGUUUCAUCAUUGCUGACUUUCACGAAAACUUAGUUUUGUCAUUUUGUGAAGAGAAUGGCAUUGGCAUUGCUUCAACGGUAAGCUGCUGCCAACACCACGAACGUGGUUUUAGUUUUGUACCCGAUUGUAACUCGCAGGUAAUUUUCUAACCCAUUUUUUUGGAAAGAAGGUGCGCAUUAGAAUUGGGUAAAGAUGGUAUGUUACCCAGGUAGCGGUGACAUGUGAAGGGACUGAUAUUCCUCUUCUUUUUUGAUGGCACAGUCAUGUCUGGUGAUGCUAAAGCAAAAAUAAAUCUACAGUUGACAUUUCAUCUUCGCCUUUCCUUCUGCACAUUGCGAGCUUCUCAUCACAUCGCUGCUCUCAUCGCAUAUGCACACUCCCAUGUCGCUCGUUUGAAGAUCCAUUGAUGUCAGUGAAAACAGUGUUUUGUGCCGAGUGUUGUUUAAUGUGUAGGGGUCUUUCCUCGACUUGUUAAUGCAAUACGACAUGUUUGUGUAGGCUGGUGAAUGGUGGUCCAGGUACUGCAACGGUUUGUUGUUGAGGCUCUUGAGAACUGUAGAUGGUUCCGUCUCAAGCAAUGCGACUUCGAGUCCUGUUAUCAUGGUUGUCGAUUUGUUGUGAAAACGUUGGGUAGUGCAUUACACUGUGUCGACAGUGAGUCCUCCUUUUAUUCUAAAGCGUCUUUGCGUGGGCACGUAGAAGCGAGCUGCCACGUAGAAGUGAAAUGGUUUUGUCACGCUUGGUAACUGAAAGUCGAGACAAACCAGGAAAAAAACAAUUUCAUGUGUUUUUAAUGAUGUGGACCAAGAAAUGCAGCCUUGCUGUGAAAUAUAAGCGAGAACAAUGUGACAGCGUGAAAUUUUUAUCUAAAGUUGUUAAAAUAAAUAUAUGGUUCACUGUAUAAGUUUGUUACAGUGCCUUCAAAAAUUUGUAUUUAAGCUUGUCAUUUGCACACGAGUGUCUCCAUGCUUCUUACAAAAUUAAAUGUUGCCCAUGGUGAAUUGGAAUAGUCCUAGUAAGGUGCAUAGGCUGAUUAUGGCAAUGAUGUGGAAGCAUGAUUCCACUGUGAAGGCCUGCGUCAUUUGUGUGUGUGCUAUAUUUUGAUUCAUAAGCAUUUUUCUUAAAUUUUCUGCUUCUGGGCACUUGAACCCAGAAAACCAAGCUUGUCUGUAAAACACUGGAGGCAUGUUGGGCCCUUUUGUGGAAAAUAUGCUCCAGCUGUGCCCUUCAACUGAUCCAUUAGCUCUUUGGAAUUCAUCCAGCAAGCAUUGUGUAAAGCACGGUUUUCUUUAAGUACACCAUUCAGAUUCCAGCCAACCUGAUGUUGAGACAUGGUUACUUUUCUUAGAAUGGCCCUCGACACGAAUGUUGCUUGAUCACGCCCGAUAAGGGCUGAGCAGCGGAGAAAUUGUAACCGCUCGAUGUCAACGUGGUCGUGGUUGUGGUUACAGACAAGCGGUAUUAGUGUGCUUGAUGACGGUGUGGCUCUAGUUGAAGCUAGCAGCACAAAUGGUUGCUUGGUAUCGUUUCAAAAUGUGUUGAGCCAAGGUCGGUUAGCCUCUGAUCGUUUUUCCAUAAAUGUAAUGAUGUAAGAAGGCACAUAGUCUUGGGUUUUCAAGAUUGUCUUUGCCGGUAUUCCACACAGGUCGGAGGUUAUUGUUCUUGUCGAAUGUUUUAACACCACUGUAUUCUUUAAUAGCUGUGAUAUGCAUGAAACAUGAUUUUCAUGAGUGCUUUCUAUUCAGGCGCAUUUAUUUCCUAUGGGGCUUUUUAACACUUUGGUGGCGGUGCAAUGCAUCCUCCAUUAUUUACACCGGGAGGUUUGCAGUCGUUGGUGUUUGACAACUAGUGGAUUUGCUGGUGACUUGAAACAAUGUCACUGCUGUCAGGGGUCUUAAUUUGAGCUUUCCUGUGCGGCGUAGGGCUUCAUCGCACGCUUGACUCUAUGUGUUUUUUGGUGUGAGUACUUAAAAUGCUGUGCUCGGUCUAAGGUCUCACAUGCUCUCAUGAGCAAUAUUCAUGUGCCCCCUACACAUUUUAGUUUUAUGUAAAUAUGUCUGCAUCAACUUUCUUUUUUGUCGUUUUUAUUGUAUUGCAGUUCCAAUUUAUGGGCACAGAAGACCUGUUGUGUUUACUAUACAUUUGUGCCUAAUUUUUAUAAUGCCUGCCUGAUGUUUCGUUCAUGCUCACGUAAUCAUUAUGCAUUGUUUUCACUCAUAGAUAUUUGUGUUGGGACAUUCCAUGUCUUUUAAUUACUUUACCGGUUCUUUAAUUGCUCAAGAGAUUUACGCUAUGUUUUUCUUUUUUUGUGUGUGAGAUCGCGUUCGUUUAUAUCAUUCUGUUGGUUGUUUUGCUGCGAGUUAUCUGUGCUGGUACUCUUGUAUCUGCCCAGUGAACGACCGUGUCAUGCUGUGACCAGUGAGAAGUUGCGUACUGCUGAAUGUUUCAUGCUUGUUGCUUACGUUGUCCAAUAGUCUGUACGGUGGUUUAGAAUGUAGUGUCCACUGAACGCGCUUUACCUCGAUAACAAUGAGUCGUAACACGAAGUUGAAGCUACAAACAUUGCAGGCUUGUGCUACUGAUCGGUGAACGAAUUUUUUACAGUUCACCAAACUGCUGGUUUCUUGCGUGUUUUCCCUGUGUGCUUGUUGUGUAAGUCUGCACAUAUGUUUUUGAAAUUCCUAUGGUCAAAUCUGUUAUGUGCUUGACUAGGGCAUCGUGCAUGUGUGGUUUUAUGAGACUUUCUGCCACGUAGUACUUGUAUGUGACUGUUAUUACAAACGCAUUCUACGGGAUGCUACAGUACUUGGAACUAUCAUCAAGUGAAAUUGUUUUAAGAGGACAUCCAGGAAUGCUGUCGCGUUGUUACAAUAUGUCAACUUGCCACAAACGUUUCCUGCGAAGCACCUAUUGUGUUCCUUGCGAUGGUGUUAGUAGCUGAGAACAAGAAACUUACAUGGCAGGUGUUUAUUUUUCGAAGAGAAUUUUCUACAAGCAACAGUUUGGGCCUGGGCUGGAUGUUGUCGCGAUGGCCAACAGGCUGUUUACAUCCUUAUCAUGCCAGUUAGAAUCAUCCACUGGGAACGACUGUUGCAUCGGAAAUGUAUAGAAAUCGACAUAGCAGCCAUUGUAUUAUUGCCUGUCGAUGCCUUGUGGAUUUCUGUUCCUUUGGUUCCAACAUCAUCAUAAGUAUACAAGCUAUUGUAACCAGUCCGGUUUGCAAAAGAUUUGACUGCUUUCUGCGCCUAGAACACCAUUGUAAGCGCAUAACCAUAUAGUGUCAAUUUGGACCAGUUUGCAUGAGAAAACUGUUCAUGUCUAGAGCACAUUAUUAUUGUGCAAUAUGAUUGCAAGGUAAAUUAGGGCCUCUGAUGUCCCGUAGUACAGACUUCUGAAUCAGUUCCAGUUGUGGACUGUUCAAUACUUUGAUUGUUCCAUUGUGAACAAUCAAGUAUGUUCAAGCUUGCCCUUGUGUUCCUUUGUUCCAGGAGCGUUGCUUGCAUAUCUGUUUUCUGUACUUUCAAUGCUUCUCAUGUGCUAUAUUGGCCUGUAAUGAUUGCUAUGCAUCAUUUGCACCCUGCUUUGAAGACGGUGAGGUCGAUCAGGGAAGAGUGACUUUUACCCGGUGAACACUCUUGGGGCCACUAGACAAGCUCUUCUCAAGUGUAUUGCUGCACAGUGAUUGCAAGCAAUGUGACUAGCAUCGUAGAUAUCUUACGGUGAUUGCCUAAAUAAUCUAGAUUUCUGAGAUCUGUAAAGAAAUGUGCAAUUUGACACCUUUCGUUUUUUUUUUCUUACGCUCGCUGGACAGCUGACACUAGAAGUUGUUCCAUGCACAUUUCUUCGAGUUGUUUGUUUUAACAGUCUGUAGUGAUGCAGAGGGUGGAUUGGACACGAUGUAACACUUUUGAAACGGUGUUCGUUCUUUUGUGACACAGCUGUCAGGCAUAAAGUUGGAGGCUGACUGCAACAAAGUUUCACUUUGGCUAAGUUGGUUAAAAAUGACUUGUGUAUGCAAUUGAAGCAAUCAUUGCAAGACCUAAUUGCCUAAUUUUAUUUUUACUAGCCUAUAAAUAGGAGCUAAGCAUAUGAAACUUGCACCUUGUGGUUAGCAGAUAUGAUACCAAUCCUAGGCCAUUUCCAAGAUUUUCACUACAUCGCAAGUACCACCUACUUGGAACUCAUGUUGAGAAUCUGCACUGGUUCUGAGUAUUUUGGAUCCUGUGUGAUUUCCAGUGAGUUAUAAUGGCAGCAUUUUCCUUUCUUUUUUCUAGUUUCAGUAUCAAAAGUGUAUAUUUUUGUGAGCUUCUUGCUAUGCAUUCAUUCGCCCUUCAAACGUAAUGUUUUGUGCCAAGGCUGCUCAAUAUUUACACCGUCUGAAACUAGGCUUUCCACGUGCUCCAACAUUUUGUUGCAGUUAGCCUCUAAGGCAGGUUUGAUGGCUGACUGAUGCUGCCACUGAAAUUUUUAACACAUUUAAUGUGUAUAAUUGCAAGGUGUGUGAAAGCCUGAAGCUAGCUGAGCUAUCAAGGACACUCGUCACAUAGUGGUGUGCACGCCUCAUGUUUAGUAGUGGGCAGGGCUUUAUAAUUUCUUAUUGUCACAUUCCGAAAUGCACUUUAGAAAGAACUGCACGCCAUAGGCUAGCUCAUGAGAGCAUGGCGCUGGAAAAUAUGUCUGCUUCUUAAGUUCUCUAAGUUGGGUUUUGAUAUUGCUGCAGCAUUUUGGUGUUGGAGUACAAAUCAAAAGGGACAAGGAAUGUACGGUGGCUUCGAAAAACUAUUGAACAUGUUGGUUACUUGGCACCUCUGCCCAUGAGUUGACAACAAAAGUGUACAAAGAUUACUGAGACAGAAGAGAGUUUUAAGAGCUGUUCACAAAAGUGUGUUUGGAGAAAAACUGUGUUUAUUCAUUUUUUUCUUCAGAGCGUAAUGUACUGUGAUUGCCAUGCGAGUCAUCAGCCCUUUUAUUUUGUGUAUGUGGGUGUGUGUCACAUUUUAUGGAAGUUUUUCUGUUCAUUUGUUACUGUGGCGCCCUCUGUCAUAUAAAUACUUAUGGUUUACAUUGUUAUUGCCCUAUAAGGUAUAUGAAUAUGUACAUAGUCUGUGCUUAAUAAAAAGGCCACAUGACUUGAGGCUUCUUGAAGCUUA